AAGAAGCUAAUUUCUCAUUUGGCAGUUACAUUAAUUCAUGAGAGUGAUCCAAACCGGUUUAAAGAAAACUCAACUUUACGGGCAAACAACACAAAACUCAGCUUCGACAUCCAGAAUCUGGCGGACCAGUUGGGCAACCUGACACAAGCCUAUAAUGUCUCAGAGAGCAACAACAAAAACCUGUCUGCAGGAGUCGAGGAGCUGAACAAACGAAACCAGGAGCUGGAGACUGAGAAGAAGAACUUGACACAGCAAAUACAAAACCUGACAACAAACUGGAAUGAGCUCAACGUCAGUCGAGCUCAGUGGAGCAUCAAUUCCUACUGCAGACAACCUGGCAAGACCAACUGUCAAGCUUGUCAGAAAGGCUGGUUACACACUGAGCCCAGCUGCUAUGCGUAUCAAAACCCUCGUUCUCGUGGAUGGAAAACCUUGGAAGAAGCUAGAGAAAACUGCAGUGGAAAGAAUUCAUAUUUGGCUGUUGCACAUGAUUUUAAGGAAAAGGAAGCAAUCAAGAAAGAAAGCUUUGGAUCUAAUGGAUUCUGGAUUGGUCUGAGAGUUGUAAAUAAGAAAUGGGAGUGGGUGGAUGGAAGUAAUCUGACUGAUAGCUCCUGGAUAGAUCCUCCUGAUCCUGUUGACGGUCACUGUGCAGUGUUGUUCAAGAAAAAAGACACAUGGUCAUCAAGGAGAUGUAAUGCAACACAACAAUGGAUCUGCCAGAAGAAGGCUCUGUCUGUUUAAACAAAGCAGUCAUACUAAGAAAGUUACUGGAAACUCUUUGAAACAAAUAUGAAUUACUUGUAAAUAAAA